CUGGCGUGCGUCGUCAUAGAUACAGGCUUGGAGCAGUGCCGUAAUGAAAUUUUUUCUUUUUCAGAAUAAUAUAUUGAGUCUAUUGUCUGAAAGAACAGUUUUAUUUUUCUCAAAUUGAUUAAAAAAAAUUCUGCGCUAUUUAAUGAAUUUAAUUAAUUAAUUAAUAUUUUUUUUUAUCAUAAAAGUCUUUAGACUGACAACAGUAAAAAACACUAAAGAUUUUUAGAUAAUCAUCCCUUUAGAGACAAAAAUUAGUACUUCAAUAAAAGCACUAUUAUUUUAAUAUUAACUUUAAUCUAAUAGGAAAAAAGUAUUUUGCAUAGAAACAUCCUCCUUCCUCUUUGUUUAUGCACAGUCCACCCCUGGCAAUCCACUGUUCUCGGCGGUAAUCAAAAUUCAGAGACAACACACGCUAUUCUGCACGUUAUUCCCAGUCUUCGGAGCGUGUCGGUCCAAGCAUUUUUUCAUCCCCUUUUCGCUUGUAUUCCAUCCCCUGCAAGGUUUAUUACCCCCCGGUAUUCCCUGUCUCCAUGCAUUUCGACGUCAGGCGUCUCUGAAAAUCUACAUAAAGCGUCUUGACGCUUUUUCUAAUCGCUCAAAAAAUAACACAGUAAAGCAAAAUCUAAUUUUCUAAUCGUUGUUGCUAGUAAAUCAGUGUAAAACGAUAAUCAGUGCGAUGACAAGAUCAAGAUGGAGAGAAAUAGUGUUUUUAAAGUGUGGAGUGUUUGAGAAAUCUGUCGAAUAAUGCCCUUUGCCCUUUAUACAUGUAUUAAGGCGUCUCAAUUUCAAGAAAAUGCUUUAUUUUUGAGGCUGCUAAAUUUUAACUAACAAAAGACAUGACAGAAUAACAGAGUAUACUCAUUUCAAGCAUUUCCUUUGGUAAAAUUUUUAAUAACUUGCGAAAAAAUGCACGGCUAUCCUGUAAUGCAGGUGGUACAAUACCACAUACCACCUGCCAUGGUCCCACCGCAUUGCAAUCCGCAUUUACCACAUACAGCUAGUCCACCAAGUGGAGGUAUCCGAAAGUAUGUGUUUUGGUGUUGCGCUUGUGGAGGCCUUGCUACAAUUUUGGGAGCCCUAUUUCUUGCCGUCUACUUUCUUCUGAGGAGCUACACCUCUACCUUAGGUUAUUUCGAAACCAUUCCUACAUUUGUGCCUGCUACAAUGUUAAUUUUGACCGGAUUGUGCGUGAUAAGCUUAGCAAGAAGAAAAAACAGAUACAGUUACUUGGCCGUUUUGCAGAUCAAAGUGUGCGGAUUGUGCUGCCUAGUUUGUGCCUUAACGUGCGUCCUGGUUACCAUCACCACCACGGUGAUUCACAUGAACAGGCUCCAGACGCUCAGAGAAUGCGUGUACACGCAGAAAACCAGGACUUGCACCUGUUAUUCUGUAUUGUUAGAAGCCCAUGCCAAUACUGACGAUGCAGGCAUGAGGUACGUUUUUGAUUCGACGCCAGACUGUGAAGUGAUCCACGGUGCUCUUUAUUCGUGCUUGAGGGCCAUGUUUGGACUGUCAGUGAGUGGAAUCCUCGUUUGCAUAUUUUCCUGUAUGUUGGUGUAUCAACUUCUAAGCCACGAAAAGAAAAAAAUGUAUUGGGAACAGUUGGAGCUCCGUUGUAGAUCUUUCUACCAGCAACAGUCCUUGCCGCCUUCAAGCACGCACGGGUCUAUCAGGGGAAUCCCCGUGCCAUCCACAACGUACUGCAGCUGUUGCGAGGAAUGCAGGUAUCCACCUUCCACAGCGCCACCUCAAGUCUACCCUUGGGAAUCCCACCACGCGGCCGAACGCUUCUGGACUCCCGGCAGGGUAGGAAACUUCUACUCUCCGAAUCCCGAAGACGGUCCUCCUGUUAGUACCGAUGGGAACAGGCAGAACAGGCCUGGAUGGAGUUGGAGGAGGUUGCCUUGGAACAGAGGAAACAACGAUCAAACUGAAGCGAACAGAGAUAAUUCGUUGACCUAUCAGGGCGCUGCUAGCAGUGCCGAUAGUCAGUACGGUUUCAGUAACAGAUCAGGUGACAACCCUAUACAGAGUGACCAAAUAAGUGGUUCUACCGGGUCGUAUAGUAUGUUAGAUAACAGGCCACCUCUUGGAGGUGUGUAUGUCUGGGGUCCUCCGCCUCCGUACUCUAAUCCUAACUCUCCGGCUAGAAGGUACAUUCACCAAUCCCCUGCAAGGUACCACCACAUGCACCAUCACCCUCACGGUCACGAAUCGCACUGUCAGAUGAGCGAGAACCACCAAUUUCGGAGCUCUAGAAGAACCAGAGUGCAUUCCGGUAACAAGGAUAACUACGAGAACACCACAGAGCCCGAAAUACACCAUGUAAAUGAAAACAGCGAGAGCACGGACACUUCAAGUUGCGUGGAGAGAGUGACUCACACAUUGCCCGUGAGGAAAAUCAAAAAGAGAUCGGCAAAUGACAUGGCUUCGGUUAAGUCGACCAGUCAGCCCCAAAAUCAUCGUACAAACGUCCAGAACGUGUUCACACAAAGCGGUCAAGAAGAAACGCACCAAGAACACGUGGAAAACGACUAUCACGAACCUAAUAUAGUACCUGAAACAAACAAGCCUAGUAAUAGCGACGCGCAGCAAUGUAGAUUCUUACCCAGGUUACAAGGGGUGGAGAACGCGGCCUUCCAAAAACAGGAACCUAGUCCCCAAAAACCCGAAACCACCGAAUCCGAGGUGUAUUUCGCUGACGUCAGUAGUUGCUGUCACUCGGUUAGAAACGACGGGCAAGAUUCCUCGCUCUACGACGAAGCUCUGGAGUCUAAUCAGAAGUCGGCGAGGUUAAUAUCAUUACAAAAACCCGUUGAAGUCAAGGAGGAAACGAAUAAACAAGGCGAAGUUUCGCAAAAAGACGAGGAAGAUUAUUUGGCUCAAAGAAUGGCUAACAGACAAUUGUCCACGCGCAGCAGGAUGCCUUUCCCCUUGCCUAGUUCCGAGGAUUUGAACGAGUUUAAUACGGAUUCUUGCCUACAGCUCUUGCCGAAAGAUAUUUCUCAAAACAGCCUGUGUAGUAGCGUUCAAACUCCGAUGACCGAGACGACCGACGAUACUAUAUCUCCCGAAGAAUGCUGCAGCAAAAACUACCUACAAGAAGCACCAGAUGCCAUUCCAAUACACAGAGGCUUCGCCUCGUCUGGAAUGGACCAAUUCUUGGCUCCGGACGCUCAAUACGAAGUUAUCCCAGAAAGCGAGACCUUCAGGAACAGUAGUAAUCUUACCAAUACCAUAUCCGGCGUGAACUACGAUCAAAACUACUAUAAUCAAAGCAAGGGAGCGUAUAAUUUCACAAAUAGUCCGAAAAACGUGCCUCCAAAAAGCCUGAAUCUCAACCAAUCGAACAGAAGGAACAUUGGCUCUAAUAUUUCGGCCCUGAUCCAGAAUUUAGGGGGUAAUCCGGCCGGAUUACUGUACGGUGACGCCAACAUAGAAGAGGAGAUCCAGGGGCAGGGCUGUCAUAGCGACGGCACUAUGGAUUCCGGAUGGCAAAGUGGAUCUGAGAAGACUGACGCUAGGAAUAAGCAAGACGCUGACCCACAAAGGCCUGUAAACGUUUGAAGAAUUCAUAUUUUGCGAGAGAGAAGACUGGUUCAUAGAAGAAAGCAGAAUUUCAUAAAAUAAUUACUCAUUUCUAAAACAAAAGCUCAUUUAAAUACAAUAAUAUAUAUGGUUUUAGUAACAUUUAUUUAUUAAAAUACACACUAACUAAUGUUGUUAAAACAUUUUCAAGAGAAUUAUUGUGAUACUUAUUUACUAAAAAAAAACGAAUAAGAUACUUUUGUAAAUAAAAUAUUAUUAGAAUAAUAUUAUGUGCGCCAAUAUACGUGUAUAUAAGAAAAAAGAAGAUAAUAAUUGCGAUUAGAUUGUUGUCCAGAAUGUUUUUAGCUUGUAAAAUGUUUUUAAAUUUAAGUAUACGUUAAAGUUAGAUGAUAUUUAUUUAGAUUUUUGAAUGUUUCCAGUUGUAGAAAACUAUUUAAAAGUGAAAUAAUAGGAUUAUUGUUUGUACGUAAAAGUAUAGUCAUAUAAUUUUGUAUUGUUAAAGUAUUUUUAAUAAAAAUGUGCUUUAAAUUCA